GAACAGUUCCCGUGUUUGAAGCGACUGGGUUUGAACACCCCGCUGCCGAUUGGAGAACACGAAUCGUCUUACAUAUUCUUGCCGCCGGCUGUGAUUGCGUUUAUUUUGUCAAGGGCGCCUCUUUUGGAAUGCGCCGACUUUGGCUACUGCUCCGCCAUUUACGACACCGACGUGGACCGGAUGUUGCAGGACGCCGGGGCGUCCCGGGUGCAGCGGCUCACACUUCGGGGCGCCUACAGGUUGAGCAACGAAGCAGUCAUGAAGUUGAUCCAAGGGUUUCCUGAACUCAAAAUGAUGGCUAUGAAGAUUUUACCCAGGGACCGACUGGUGGAAAUGGAAAAGCUCAAGACUUGUCUCAAAGAGCAAAACGCUGACGUGACACUCUUGACUUACGGCAAUUACUGAAGUACUGUAUAAAAUUAUUUGAUCACCAGGAUCGAUUUAUUUGUACUGUAUUAUGAUUCGACCAAAACUUUCAUGCGUUCUUUUGAUAAAAAAGAAAAUGAUGUGCC